CACCCCUCAAAACUUCUUUCUUUUCUCCCUUGCCUGCUGAGCUGUAGUUAGCUACUAAGUUUAGAGCGUCAAAAUGUUUGCAUUUGGGUCGAAAUUACUUUUGUUAUUCCUUCUGGCUUUUCCAUGUGGCCUCAUGACAGCCAGAGUAGCAGCUGAGGAUGAGACGAUUGACGAGGCCUCAGAUGCGGCUGUGGAGGAGGAGGAAGAGGAGGAAGAAGAUGAAGAUGAGGUUGUAGUUGAAGAGCCUCAAGUGUCAGACACGGACUCAGAGGAUGAACUCGAUGAAGAUUCAACUGCCACAGGUGUAACUUCCCACCCAGAUGCUGAUACAACCAUCAUCUUUGUCUCAGGAGAAGAAUUUCCUGCCAAUGAAAUUGUGAAAUUCCUUGUGGGUUUCACCAACAAAGGCGGUCAGGACUUCAUUGUCCAGUCUCUGGAGGCCUCUUUCCGUUAUCCUCAGGACUAUCAGUUCUACAUCCAGAAUUUCACAGCUUUGCCCCUGAAUACAGUGGUCCAGCCCCAGAAACAGGCCUCAUUUGAGUAUUCUUUCAUCCCUGCUCAGCCAAUGGCUGGUCGUCCUUUUGGACUGGUCAUUCUGUUGAACUACCAGGACAGUGAGGGCAGUGCUUUCCAGAGUGCUGUUUACAAUCAGACAGUUACCAUUACUGAGAUUGACGAGGGACUGGACGGAGAGACAAUGUUCAUGUACAUCUUCCUGGCUGGAUUGGUCAUCCUCAUGGUCUUUGGAAUGUACCAGCUCCUGGAGUCUAGAACGAGGAGAAGAGUUCCAGUGAAGGUGGAGACAGGAACAGGGAGUAUGAAUGAUGUGGAUAUCAGCUGGAUCCCUCAGGAGACCCUGAAUGUCAUGAGCAAAGCCUCACCCAAAGCUUCUCCCAGGAAACGUGCCAAAAGGGCGGCUGGCACGACAGAUCAGUGAACCAUGUUGCGCACAAUUCCGAUCAGUCCAGCAGCAAACCCCUUCCCCACACAGGGCACAUAAGGUGUCCCAUAACCCACAAGCACCCAAGACUUCCCCCUUGCUGUCCAGCACCUUAUGCUCUAUGUAACACUCAGACCAGAGACUUUGGGCACUGGGAGUGAAACUACCCUCUGCUGGAUAACGUCUUACAAUCUCAGAAGAAAUCUACCUGCCAGUUUACCAUAGGAGUAUGACUUGUGGUUUUUGUUUAGUUUUUUCUCCAAAGCAGUAUUUGAGCUAAGGUACAGACCCAGACUGGGAAAAAAAGGGAUAUAUAUAUAUAUUUUUUAAUUACCAUUGCAAAGCAAACAAUAAGUUGAAUUCCAGUUAUGGUGCCAAACCUUUUGUUAUUAAUUUAGAUGCUGGAUUUAUUUCAUUUUGUUAUGUCAUGAUUGUCAUUGUUAUAUAAUUUUCUAAUGAUGCCUCUGACUCCCUGCCUUGUCCCAGAUGAUUUAUAUCGUCAGUGACCAUACACUACAAUAGAAGACCCAAUAUGAGAAAUUAAUGUUGAAUCUGUUUGUAGAUUCAUUAACUUCUAUCGGAAAGUGAUGCUCAUUCUAGAAGGCAGCUUUCACCACCAUAAGAGUCUUUCACGACAUGACUCUGCCCCAUAAAAUUCAUUUAGCCACUUUGCACACGACUGUUUUGUGCUCUUAAACCAAAGUAGCCGUUAGAUAUGUGUUGUGGGAAGUGGCAGUCAAUGGGGAAAUAUUUUGUGGGGGUUUUUUUUCACAUUUUGGUGCACAGACAAUAAAGCACAUAAUGGCUAUACACCA